AGAUCAUCGGCCGAAAAGAAAGGAUUUGCAAAUGGAGGUGGCAAUAAUGAUGAUUCUCUGAACGACAAAAGGUACAUCUCGCCAUGUCUGAGUCUCUGUAUGAGAAGUUUUUAGCGCCAGAUGAGCCUUUCCCCCUCCUCUCCCAAAGAGCCAACCUCAGCGACGUGGGGACCCUGGACGUGAGUGACUUCGGCUGUCAACUCUCAUCUUGUCACAGAACAGAUCCUCUCCACCGCUUCCACAGUAACAGGUGGAACCUCACUUCCUGUGGGACCAGUGUUGCCAGCUCGGAGUGCAGCGAAGAGCUCUUCUCCUCUGUGUCUGUGGGGGAUCAGGACGACUGCUACUCCCUUCUGGAUGACCAAGAACUAACAUCUCUGGACCUGUUUCCAGAGGGCAGCGUUUGCAGUGAUGUGUCCUCCUCCAUCAGCACCUAUUGGGAUUGGUCCGACAGCGAGUUUGAGUGGCAGUUGCCAGGAAGUGACAUUGCCAGCGGCAGCGAUGUUCUGUCCGACAUCAUCCCGAGCGUGCCGAGUUCCCCCUGUCUGUUUUCAAAGAGGAAGCUUAAGCCCCACCCUCACCGCAACCUGGAUGAGUUGCCAUGGAGUGCCAUGACCAACGAUGAACAGGUGGAGUACAUUGAGUACCUGAGUCGGAAGGUGAGCACAGAGAUGGGCCUGAGAGAGCAGCUGGACAUCAUCAAGAUCAUCGACCCCUGCGCUCAGAUCUCUCCCACCGACAGCGAGUUCAUCAUCGAGCUCAACUGUCUCACCGACGAGAAACUCAAGCAGGUGCGUAACUACAUCCGAGAGCACGGCCCCAGGCAGCGGGCCAGCAGCACCAGAGAGGGCUGGAAGAGGAGCAGCCACAGCAGUGCCAGCACCGGCGGGGUCAGCGGCGCCAGCAGCAGCAACGCCAGCAUGGUCAGCUCCGCCAGCUCCUCCACCGGCUCCACGGCCUCCAACUCCGUCGCAGGUGGCACGGCAUCAGCCUGUAGUGGAGGCAGCGUUGCUAACAUUAGCAGAGCGCACAGCGAUGGCAACCUUUCCAGUGCUGCGGAACGUAUACGAGACUCUAAAAAACGUUCCAAGCAGCGUAAGCUCCAGCAGAAAGCCCUCCGGAAGCGGCAGCUGAAAGAGCAGCGGCAGGCCCGCAAGGAGCGCCUGAGCGGACUCUUUCUGAAUGAGGAGGUGCUGGCGCUGCGCGUGACCGAGGAGGAGGACCGCGGCGACGACGACCUGGACAUACUGAUGUGACACCAGUGAACCAAUCGGUGCUCCCUCUACGCCUGUUCCCUCCCUCCCUCCCGCCCAGCCGCUGCCAUAGAGCCCCUAGACCCUGCUACGCCCCAUCACCGCAUGCAUUAGCUUUGCUAACAUGAUGCAUUUUUGUAAGAGUGAUGACUAAUAGGCAGUAAACGCUUGUAGUGGCUUCUGACAUAGCUUGCUAACGCUAGUGUAGCACCACUUGUGCUAAAACUGCCAGCCGCUGCAGUCACUACUAAGCUAGCUAUAGCAAUAAUGCUAGAAAAUACUGUUAGCGCUUUGACCAGACAGUCCAGCCUGCUCGUAGCCAGCUCUAACGCUGCGACCACCUAGAAGCUCGCAGAUGCACACAAAUACACGCUACUAAAGACAGUUAUGUCAGCUUCGCACUGCUAAGACAAGGAUUGCUUCUAGAUGCUGUAACAGCUUAUAUCCACUGCUACUCAUACAGCCACCACCGGCAGAAGGACAGAUCGGGUAAGAGAAGCAGAGUUUGGCCGCAUUAUGCCAACGAUGCUCCGCGGGAACCAGGUGUUUCAUAACAUACAAGGGGGGGGGGGGGGGGGGGGGGGGGGGGUCUUUAUAUAAGGUGGCAGUAGUUUCCACCCAUCUGCCUACACUUGCAUCCAUACAUCAAACUCUCUUAAACUGCUGCAGGUAAUGUUACAGCACGAGUAUACACCUGAAGGCCUACAGUGGGUGGGAAGUGGGGCUGCUCGAUUAUGGGAAAAUAA